CAAUAAAACGCCUUUCCUCUUCUGUAAAUGAAAAGUUAGCAAAGGCUAAUGUCAAUAUGCACAAAAAGAUGCCUUUUCCUACUAGAGAGAUGCAGGAAUAUGAAACAACUCAAGCAAUCACACGCCCAAGUAAUCACAUGUGGACUUGGGCAAAAUAGCUUUGCCUUGAGCAGGCUGUUGGCUUUUUGUUCACACCCUAAUUUUGGUUGUCCAACUUAUGGAUGGAAAAUCUUUGAACAAAUACAAGAACCCACAAUUUGCAUUUUCAAUACAAUGAUCAAAGCUUUCUUGCUUAAGGGCGAGCUCAAUAAAACCAUAGAGAUAUACAAAUAUAUGUUGAAAAUUGGAAUGUACCCUGAUAAUUAUACCCUCCCUUAUGUCUUGAAAGCUUGUGCCAGAUUGAAAAGUUGUAAUCUUGGUGAAUUGGUUCAUGGGGAAAUCUUGAAAUUGGGGUUCUUGAUUGAUAUUUUUGUGGGUAAUACUUUAAUAGCUAUGUAUACUGCUAUUGACAAUGUGGAAGCUGCAAGAUUGGUUUUUUAUGAGAUUCCUUGCAAUUGUGUUGUGUCUUGGACUGUUUUGAUUUCUGGGUACGCUAAAAGAGGGGAUGUUUAUGAAGCAAGAUUAACUUUUGAGGAAUGUCCAGUGAAAGAUAGAGGAGUGUGGGGCUCUAUGAUAUCUGGUUAUGUACAAAAUAAUUGUUUUAAAGAAGGGUUAAAAUUGUUCAGGCAAAUGCAAAUGGCUGGGAUUGAUCCUGAUGAAGCCAUUUUUGUUAGUGUACUUUCUGCUUGUGCUCAUUUGGGUUCUCUUGAUAUUGGAAUUUGGAUUCAUAGAUAUGUGGAGAAGUUAAGAAUGUCAAUGAGUGUUAAAUUAGGCACUGCUCUUAUUGAUAUGUAUGCGAAAUGUGGUUGCUUGGAUAUAGCGGAGGAACUGUUCGAUGAAAUGCCUCAAAGAGAUCUUAUUUGUUGGAAUGCUAUGAUAUCAGGAUUUGCUAUGAAUGGAAAUGGUUCAAAAGCCCUACAGUUGUUCAAUGAGAUGCAAAGUACCGGGAUUAGGCCGGAUGAUGUUACAUUUGUUUCAAUGUUUACUGCUUGUAGUUAUGCAGGCAUGGCAAAUGAAGGUCUAAAUAUGUUGAAUCUGAUGUGUAAUUUGUAUCAUAUUGAGCCCAAAUCUGAACAUUAUGGAUGCAUUAUCGACGUCCUCAGUAAAGCCGGGCUGCUAGAGGAAGCAAAGAACAUAGUCCAAAACAUGCCUAAGUCGAGCGUUCCUUCUGAAGAAGCAAUAGCUUGGAGAGCAUUACUAAGCGCCUUUGGGAAUCAUGGACUAGUCGAUUUAGCUGAGGCCGCUGCUGAGAGGAUUGUGCAGUUAGAAAGGCAUAGCGGAGCAUACGUUCUACUCUCGAAUAUUUAUGUUGCAGCAGGUAAACAUGAUAAUGCAAGAAGGAUAAGGAAGAAGAUGAAAAGCCAAUAUAUAGACAAGGUACCAGGUUGCAGCUCCCUUGAGAUCAAUGGUGUUGUUCAUGAAUUUAUUGCAGCAGAGAAAACUCACCCUCAAUUGGUUCGAAUCCAUGAACUUUUGGAAACUAUCAAUAAUCAAUACGAUUAUAGUGCAGAUGUAAUACAUGUUUCUCAUAAUUGAUAUAUUUGUUGGUUUUUGGAAUUAUAUUUUUGGUUUCUCGAUGCAUUUUGUACAAAAUAUUUUGGGAACCGAGAAAUUCCAAAAAUUAGCUGAUGCGUGGUGUGAAACUCGAUGAAUAAUAGGCUAACUCCUGUGUUUUAAAUACCAAACUUUUGUCUACCGUAGGUUCCAACUUGUAGCGUGCGUUCUUA